AUGUUUGGUGUUGACAUACAUCUUUGCGCUGUGGACAAAGUGGUCGACUUGGGCGUCAGCGGUUUCCAGUUUUCCAAUUUCUGGCCCCUGGUGAAUAAGAUAUUCACAACAAGAGGCCAAAACACCUCGACUAACAACUACCUGGCCUCAUACUGCCUGAACGGCACCCACGGCAACGAGGCCUUCUGUCAGGCACCAGGAAGCAUCGCAGGCGCCACGUGCGGGUCUCCCAUUGUGUUCGCCGUACCAGCGUCUCCAUCAGCAGCAGCCAUGUGCCAGUCAAGUCAAGCCUGCCAAAGCGUCCAGCCCAGUGACCCAAACUUCGCCAUGUUUCUUGUCAAAGAAUUUGUGUGUCUCACAGACACCCAGGUCGGCUCAAUCAGCGGAGUGGUGUACACGUACGCGGCGUGUUAUCUGGCCCUUGCACUGAACCGGACGGAUCUGACGGGUUCGCCAGUGGCAGACCAAGUUCACACGUUGGUUUCUCAGUUGCUGGCCGCAGGCGCCUGUGAGUAA